CAACGGCUAAUGUGCGGAUGGACCGGGUUCGCUAACAGUGUGCUGGGUUCACUACAAGCCUGAGGGGGGUGGUGGGGAGACCUCCACAGCGCCUUUUUAUCGCCUAUAAUUUUUUUUCUCUUUGGAGCCGAUGGCUCUUUUUUGCCGGCCGGCGGACAGCUGGCGCGAGGCAACGGACCGCCGCAGCCGGCUGGCGGUUGGCUGAGAAUCGACAUCCCAACGUCUUCUUGACUCCCCUCUUUCCGCCUUCUUUCUCUUCUCCAUCACCGUCCGGCAGCAGAAUAUUCUUGCUCUUUCUUUUGAGAUAGAGUUCAACUUUUUCACAAACAAAUCAUCGUUUGCUGCUGUCUCUGCGAUUUGCUUUUCCUUCGUUGCUGGCUUUUGCGCGUCUCAGCCACACAAACCUAACUAACUAUCCGCUUCCAGCGCAAGCCCCGGUGCCAUCGUGUGGAAUCCGCCCGUGACGUACUGUAUGCUCGACCCGGAAUUUUAAACCGAACCCAUUCGCGCCCUCUGAGAGAGCCACUCGUAUUCGGCGGCAAACUGAUCGUCUGGGCGAAGUCAUAACUUCGCCUUACCAUCUCUUAAAAUUCGCCCAUUGCAAACAAAGCAUCUCAUUUUCAUCGCCAUGGAAUUUCAAUAAUAUAUCCCGCCUUCUCGCGCCUGUCGAAUAUACAUCUCUCCCUCUGUGCCGUCGUGCCUGGCGUGCGCUAUUGACCAGUCUUCGAUGACCUCAACAUGUCGGACCCCAGCAUAACAUCGUCUCCCGGGUAUGUCCCUAAUAGAGGACCGGCUGUGUUCGCCGUUACCACUGCGACGCUGGUGCUCGCGUCAAUAUUUGUCGCAGCUCGCCUGGUCUGUCGCAUCUUCAUCGUGCGCAAUGUAACUUGGGACGACAAGGUCAUGGUCCUGGCCUGGCUCCUCGCCUUUUUCUUGUCCUUUACCAUUGAUCUCGGCGCCGCCAAUGGCCUGGGCAUGCAUGAUGCCGAUGUUCCCAAGAGCAGCUGGCAAACACUUCGCCAUACCGAAUAUGUCUUCUCUAUAUUAUACAACCCUGCCUUGAUGGCAACGAAAACAAGUAUCCUUAUUUUCUACCUCAGACUUGCGAAAAAUACGCAAAACGUCCUGCGAUUUGCGUCAUGGACCACCCUCAUUGUGGUCAAUCUCGCAGGACUCGUCCUCACGCUUCUCAAUAUCUUUCAAUGCAUGCCGAUUCACGCAGCUUGGAGUGCUACAGUCGAUGCUGGGACCAAGUGCAUCCCUCUUCUUACCGAAUUCAUAUGCGCCGCACCCGUCAAUAUUGUAACGGACCUGGCUAUUCUUGCAUUGCCAAUUCCCGUACUCACAGGGAUGCGUUUGCCGUCGCGGCAAAAGACUAUUCUUGUGUUUACAUUUGCUCUCGGUAUCUUCGUUACUAUUGUCGACGUAGUCCGUAUCUACUACCUUCAACAAGCCAUUGGUCAGGUACCAAUUACAACUGGUUCGGAGGAUGGAGUUCGCUUUGGCGGACAAGGCGACUUUGCUUGGAACGCGUCUCUGUCUCUCAUGUGGAGCGCCGUCGAAGUCAACGUUGGUAUGACCUGUGCCUGCAUCCCAACCUUGAAGCCGCUGGUAGUACGACUUCUUCCUGCCAUGCUGUACGACCCCGACGGUUCUCGAACUCACAGCUCCGGCAAAGGCGUAACAGAUUCGCACUCUGCUGCGGCUGACAAUAGCCCAGUUGCACCACCAGCACCUAGCCUUGCUCCGAUCCAGGGCCGCAACUCGACCGCUGACGCAGUAGAGCCAGUUUCAGCGAUGGAGUUUCUAACGACGCCAGAUAUGAGUUCAGUCAGCGACAAUACAAAUACGAAUUCCGAGGCAGCCAUGAUUGCGAAAGCCCGCUCCAACAAUACGAAUGUGUUGAGCUCCGCAAGCACAGUACAGGGCAACGCGAUUUACUUUGGCUUUGUCAAUAUGGCCCGGCCUAAGAGUAUGCUCAAAUGCAACGCCAAGGAGUCGUUCAAAUACUGUACUAUAGUCUCUGUGCUCUUCCUGUUAUGGGGACUGUCGUACGGAUUGCUAAACACUCUCAACAAUGUCGUUGCUACUGUCAACCACAUGACCAGAGCUGAGACUCUAGGCUUAACAAGUGCCUACUUCGGCGGUGGCUACUUCUUUGGUCCUCUAUUAGUUGGAGAAUGGAUCCUACGCCGAGAUGAGCACCAUCGCACAAGAAAACUUCGAAAGCACGAGACGGAGAAUGUUGGCGGUUACAAAGCCACAUUUAUCCUUGGCCUCUGCAUUUACGGUAUUGGAACUAUUAUUUUCUGGCCGUCGGCUGUAACCAAUUCAUAUGGAGGCUUCAUGCUGAGUAACUUUAUCGUUGGAUUUGGGCUCUCCGUCCUGGAAGUCGGAGCCAACUCUUUCAUGAUUCUUUGCGGCCCGCGAGAACAUGGCGAAACACGUUUACUAUUGGCUCAGACCUUGCAAGCCAUAGGCAGCGUCAUCAGCGGUUUACUGGCACAAAAAGUGUUUUUUGCCAAUAUCGAUGUCGACGAGCCAAGCAAUGGAUUGACUCUUAUCAACGUCCAGUGGACAUACUUGGGCGUUACACUGUUAUGUGUAAUCCUCGGCCUCUUUUUCUACUACAUGCCUCUACCAGAAGUCAGCGACAAAGAACUAGAAGAUUCUGCUAAGCAUGUCCCUAUUGACACUCAAAAGAAGAGCUUCUUUGGCUUGCAACUGCGGACAGUGAACCUUAUUCUGGCUGUUGCCUCGCAGUAUCUCUACGUUGCUGCGCAGGAAAGCACUAGCAUCUUCUUUGGCAGCAUGCUAAAGUUCUUUGCAAAGGCCAGUACACCAACCAAUACUGCAAAUGCGACAACGGGCCCAACACCUCCUGUGGAUCCCAAUCAGCCUCUCGGCCAAGCCCUCUCUACACCCGACUACCUCCUCCUCGCUCAUACAACCUUUGCUGUAUCGCGCUUCUUAGCUGCAAUUGUCAGCUACCUAUCCAUCAAACAUCGCUUCCUCCCACGCCCACGCACCCUCCUAACAAUCAGCGUGGUUCUCUGCCUCAUCUUCUCCAUCCUCCUCGCCACCCUCCGCACCUCGAAUCCGAAUCUCAUGUUCAUCCCCAUGGCGCUAUUCUUCUUUGCGGAAGGCCCCAUGUGGCCUCUUAUAUUCGCCAUCGGCCUCCGUGGACAAGGCCGCCGGGCUAAGCGCGCGGCAGCCUUCAUCACAAUGGGCGGAUCAGGCGCCGCUUUCUUCCCGUUUGUCAUGUAUGGUAUCACUCGCAACGGCAGUACCAUUCAAACAGCAUUCUUUGUCAUUGUGGCUAUUCAAAUCGCUAUGCUUUUAUACCCAGCAUUCCUGGAUUCCGUUGGCGACGCAAGACUCCUGGUUGAUCCCAAGGGAGUGCCUCGCAAACAGCCAACAGAUACGGAGAAUCCACAGCUCACACUUAACGGCACUGAGAAGCAAGUUCUCGGGUAACAUUAUACGCAAGUCUUUUGAUCUACACGUUUUUUGAUGAUGACCAUGAGAACACCGGCUCUAUUUAGCUUAGCAAGCGUUGCUGGGAACCGAUAUAUUUUAGUCGCAAGAUCCCUUGUUUAGCAAUUUUUGGUGUUCUGGAUUGGUUAUAUAUAUACCCUAUUAUGCCGGUAUUGGCACUAGUUUUGCCGAGAUGCACUCUGUAAUGAGUCCAUAGCUUCGAUAAACUUUUAUCAAAUAUAUUAAUUAACUUCAACCCAGCGCCUGCCACUGCCCGUUCAAAUCUUUACUAAUGCCUUUGAAUACGUCGACUCCAAAUCUGCCCAAACCGCUAGCCAACGCAACCAUUGACGCUCCAGCCUUUCUCAUUCUCAGAUAACCACUUCCGUCACUAACUCCUCCAACGCCGAUGAUGUCUACCUCUGACAGACCCGCAUCGUCCAGCAUUCUUCGCAGCGACCGUACAUUACCCAAGGCAAGAGGAUGCAAUGCUGGCCCGGCCAUGCCGCCAAGCCCGUCUUGACUUGGUAAAGCUUCGGCCAUAUCUCCAUUGAAAACCAAACAGGAUCCCAGCGUGUUUGUAGCCGUCAGGAAACUGACCUUCCCAGCGUGCUCCUUGAGUGCGGACAUGAGCUCCCUAAACUGGCCAUCAUGCGUAUAGGGCGGUGUCUUCAACCCUACAGGGAUAGUUGGGUGUGCCGGAAGAAGAUUCAAGUAGCGAACGAGUUCGUCUCGGUUGUAAGCUGGUGGUGGAACCCCAGGGAUGUUGGGGCAACUAAGAUUCACUUCCAUGGCGAGUGGGAAGCGAAUGUUUUGAGCAGAAGCAAUGGUAUCAUAGCAACCCUUGACAUCUUCCGGGGAGCCUGUGACGCUGAUGAUGAAUGUUUUGGGGCUGAUUGCUUCGUCAGUGGAUAAUUUGGAGAUGAUGUCUAUAUAUUUUUGCAGACAGAGCGGGCUAUAGCCAAGUGAAUUCAACGUGGCUACUUUUCCAUCCUCGCCAGCAAUUGCCCAUUCUGAUGAGGGGCUUGGGCCAUCUCGAGAUCCAUUCGAAUGCGUAACACCAUUUACUGGGUCAAAAAACACAUAUCUGUGGCGUUCUUGUUGAUGGUCAAAGCCGCUCUCCGCUAGAACGGAAGUUCGCGUCGUCACGGCGCCAGUGAAGGGAGACUUGGCCAACACAGUCAAAUCAUCAAUGUUUGUAGCCCAUGGUGAAGCCGAAUUCAACAAUGGAGGAUAAAAGCUAAGCCUGGGGCAUAUACCCAAGAUUUUCUGCGUGCUGUCAGAGGAAGCCAUUAGAUGUUGAUAGUGGAAGUGAGUGGUGAGCGGGGUAGGUCUACGGGUAUCAUUGCUAAUGUUAAAAAACAGACUCACGAGAUUUAACACGCAUCUGCGAUCGCCGUUUUAAUUGCUAUUUGCUUUUUUGUAGCAAUUAAUACACUUUAUACUUGAUAUAAAUGGCUCUUGUAAUAUUUUAAAGGAAAAACUGCUCGCAAUGCACCACAAUUCCAAGCCCAUUUCGGUCUAGUACAUCUGCAAGUGUUGCGCGCAUAUUUGCCAUGAUGGUUUUUAUGCCGCAGACCAUUACCAAUACACUCUCAUUACUGACGCGGAUGAUAUUUCUUUAUUCAGAAAACUUUAUAUCAAGUCUAGUAGAUUCGACGGCAUAGGCCUGCGUUUCUGAAGUUAUGGGCCGCCACAUGGUGUUGUCAUUUGUUGGGUUGCAUUGAAUAAAAUCGAGCAAGUCACGCAAUUGGGCGAGUAGUUCGGUCAACAAUAGAAACAAAUUACAUGGAAAAUGAAUAAUGUACUUGUGGCGAAACUUCUUUGACUUUGAAAAACAGAAAAGAAAAUCCGGUAAAGCUAGUGGCACAGAAUCUAGCGCCGUGUGCGCCUUUCACGACAGUUGCAGCUCUAUUGCCAGCUGUGACAGGUGGCAAGCCAAGGUUUGGUGGUUUUUAUUUGCAAAGGCUACUAGACAACGUAGAAUUAUUCAACAACAAAGCAAAAUGCAGAAGCAGGCCCGCC